AUGACUUGCUCGGCGUCAGAUAGCGAGAAGAUCGUGAUCAACUGCGGCGGGAUCCGACACGAGACCUACCGGAGCACCCUGAAGACGCUGCCGGGGACGCGCUUGUCUUGGCUGACCGAACCCGACGCCUACAGCAACUUCGACUACGACCCCAAGUCCGACGAGUUCUUCUUCGACCGCCACCCGGCCACCUUCGCCUUUAUCCUUAACUACUACCGUACCGGCAAGCUCCACUGCCCCAAUGAUGUGUGUGGGCCGCUCUUCGAAGAGGAGCUUGCUUUCUGGGGCAUCGAUGAGACGGACGUGGAGGCGUGCUGCUGGAUGAACUACCGGCAGCACCGCGAUGCCGAGGAAGCCCUGGACAGCUUCGAGCAACCCGAGCCGGACGCACCCGAAGAUGAUCCGGCGCUCACCGGCGGGGCGGACGGUGACCUGAAGCGGCUGUGCAUGCAGGAGGACGGCCGUAGGACGACGUGGUGGGACGCGUGGCGACCUUUUAUGUGGGCGCUGUUCGAGGACCCUUACUCCUCCAAAUACGCCCGGUAUGUGGCAUUUGGCUCGCUCUUCUUCAUCCUCCUCUCCAUCUCCACCUUCUGCCUGGAGACCCAUCAAGCCUUCAACACCAUCUACAACAAAACAGAGAACGUCACAAUUGGAAAUGUGACGCAUGAGGAGAUUGUUUAUGAAGUAGUCACAGAUGGCUGGCUGACAUAUGUGGAGGGCGUCUGCGUCAUUUGGUUCACCAUUGAGGUGAUGGCGCGUGUCGUCUUCUGCCCUGACAAGGCAGAGUUCUUCCGCAGCGCCCUUAACAUCAUAGACUUUGUGGCCAUCGUGCCCUUUUACCUAGAGGUGGCGCUGAGCGGCCUCUCCUCCAAAACAGCCAAAGACGUGCUGAGCUUCCUGCGUGUGGUGCGCUUUGUCCGUAUCCUGCGUAUAUUCAAGCUGACUCGCCACUUUGUUGGUUUACGGGUCCUGGGCCACACUCUGCGGGCGAGCACCAAUGAGUUCCUACUGCUCAUCAUCUUCCUGGCGCUGGGCGUCCUCAUCUUUGCUACCAUGAUCUACUAUGCCGAACGUAUCGGUGCCGACCCAGAUGAUCCGACAGCUGCGGCCCACACCAACUUUAAGAAUAUCCCCAUCGGGUUCUGGUGGGCUGUGGUGACCAUGACCACACUGGGCUACGGGGAUAUGUACCCUGAGACAUGGUCAGGAAUGCUGGUGGGUGCCCUCUGCGCCUUGGCUGGUGUGCUGACCAUCGCCAUGCCUGUGCCCGUCAUCGUCAACAACUUCGGCAUGUACUACUCCCUGGCCAUGGCAAAGCAGAAGCUCCCUAAGAAAAGGAACAAGCACAUCCCCCGAGCGCCACAGCCCGGCAGCCCCAACUACUGCAAGCCAGAUGCCCUGGCCAUGGCAACCGCCUCGCCACACAGGCUGAUGGGCAAUGUGCUUGGGCCAGGCAUGGUGGGAUCAGGCAGCAUGAUGGGUACUGGAGACUGCCCACUGGCACAGGAGGAGAUCAUCGAGAUCAACAGGGCAGAUUCCAAGCAAAAUGGUGAUGCAGCAGCUAAUGCGGCCCUGGCCAAUGAGGACUGCCCCACCAUUGACCAGGUCCUUGGGGACGAGCGUAGCCCGGCCACCGGGGGCCUUGGCUCCACCACCAGCCGCGAGCGCUACCCGCAUGACCGGGCCUGCUUCCUGCUGAGCGCCGGGGAGUUCCAGCGCACGACAGAUGGGAACGUUCGGAAAGCCACGGGUUAUGAGAAGUCACGCAGCCUCAAUAAUAUCUCUGGGAUGACGGGCGCCCCGCUGCGCCUCACCCCCAUCACCAACUCCACCUUUGAACCCUUCGAGCCGCCUGGCCUCAGGCGAUGCCACUCCCCCAUUCCCUCCAUCUUGUAG